AUGUCUAAACUGAUGCAGCCGUUCAAAGUAGGCGAGGACAUUGGCCUCUUUUUGGUGAAUUUUGAGCGUACCUGCGAAAAACUGGGUUUUAGACGCGAAACUUGGUCACAGAGACUGCUGACGCUCUUCCCGUGUGAAGCCGCGGACGUUGUCGCGCGUCUGAGCAAGGAGGACGCUGAAGUGUAUGAGAAGGCGAAGGCGAGUGUGCUCCGAAAGUACCGCCUGACCAUAGAGGCCUUUCGUCAGCGAUUCCGUAGCAUGCGUAAGAAGCCCGAACAAGGAUACCCGGAGCUCGCGUACGACCUGCGGGCAAACUUAAUCGAGUGGCUAAAAAGCGCCGAUGUGUACGGAGAGCACGAUAAGGUAGUGGAAUGCGUGGCCCUUGAGCAGUUCUACCGUUGCCUCCCUGACGCGGUGAGGUUCUGGCUUCAAGACAAGCCUGACGUGAACACCGUCGAGAGAGCGGGGGAGCUGGCCGAGGAAUACGCUUCACGUAGAAAAGCUGGAGAGGAGCGUCCGCUCGAGAGGGAAGCCAGAGGGGAACCUAAGAAGCCCGACGGAACCGGCAAAUGGCCUGCGGCAAAGGCCGGUAAACGUAAUGGGGAAGGUAGGCAACCUGAACAAAAGCUUCCGAGCGAAGACGUCUCAAAAGAGUCGAGAUCCAGUGAGAAGGGGAAACCCGAAAGAGAGAAGUCGUUUGAAAAGCGCAAACCGCCGGUGUGCUAUAACUGCCAGGAGAGCGGGCACAUCGCGGCGGGAUGUCGGAAGCCAAAAGUGGUGUUUCACUACGUCGAUGACGAGGAGAACCGGAGGCUUCUAGAGCCUUAUGUACACGACUUAAGAGUCAAUGGUAGCCCGUGCCGAGUUCUUCGCGACUGCGCAGCAACCAUCGAUGUCAUGCACCCGUCUCUGGUUAGGCCAGAUGACUACACGGGGGAAUGUGCAUGGAUUAAGCAGGCAGUCGAAGAUCAAAAGGUCUGCCUCCCCAUUGCUCGCGUUAGUGUAGAAGGUCUCUUUGGGAAGCUGGAGACCGAGGCCGCGGUUUCCCGCAAUCUGCCUCUCAGCUGCCCCUAUUUGUUUUCAAACAAAUCCGAUCAGAUGCUGCGAAAAGGGGGCCUAGUGUUUAGCGAAAGGAAGGUGCAGGCGCUAACGAGAGCCAAGGCGCGCCAAAUAGCCGCGGAAGUGGUUGACCGAGAGCUUCUCAUUGAGCAACAACAGAGUGAUCCGAGCCUUACAGUACUGCAUGAUACCGCCAAAGAUGGCAUAAGCAGACGGAACGUCUCGUAUCAGAUCAAGGCAGGGGUACUCUACCGCCAUUACAAAGAUCGUAAGGGCAGGGUUCUCGACCAACUGGUCGUGCCCCAGAAGUACCGCUCGGACCUCUUAGAGUUGUCUCAUGGGAGCUCUUGGUCAGGUCACCUCGGCAUUAAGAAAACGAAGGACCGGCUGUUACAAGAGUACUACUGGCCAGGCUGCUUCCGCGACGCGGAAAACUUUGUACGGUCGUGCGACGCGUGUCAGCGUGUGGGGAAGCCGCACGAGAAGAACAAAGCACCGCUGAGACUAGUGCCGCUGAUCACAGAGCCUUUUCGCCGCCUGGUCAUAGAUACGGUAGGUCCACUGCCAGUGAGCAAGUCAGGGUACAAGUAUGUAUUGACGCUACUUUGUCCCGCGACGAAGUUCCCAGAGGCAUGUCCUCUGAAAGAGUUGAGUUCAGCCGAGAUCGUGGACGCGCUGCUGUCUGUGUUUGCGAGGAUUGGAUUUCCCGCUGAAAUCCAAUCAGACCAGGGUAGUGUUUUCACUAGCGCCCUCACGAACACAUUUUUGGAGAAAUGUGGCAUUCGUGUUGUGCAUAGCUCCGUGUACCACCCUCAAUCAAACGCCGUAGAGAAAUGGCAUUCAGUUUUCAAACGAGUUCUGCGCGCGCUGUGCUUCGAGCAGAAAGUAGAUUGGGAGGCGUGUCUUCCGGCAACCAUGUUCGCAUUGCGCACAGUGCCACAUGAAGCCACGGGUUUCAGCCCGGCCGAGCUUGUGUAUGGGCGUUCGCUGCGCUCGCCACUACGCAUGUUGCGUGAGUCAUGGGAAGGCCAAGGGGAAGACCCGACUGUGGUGGAGUACGUGUUGAAGCUCUUAGAUCGCAUGCAUAAGACACAGGAAGUAGUUGAGGCGAACAUGCAGCGGGCGCAGGCGAAGGCGAAACUCUACUAUGACAGGGGAGCCAGGGAGCGUAAGUUUGAAGUGGGAGACCAAGUGAUGCUGCUGAGGGUUUCCAGGAAAAACAAGUUAGAGGUGCAGUGGGAAGGUCCAGCCAAAGUGCUGCAAAAGCUCUCUGAGACGAACUACGCUGUGGAGUCGGGGGGGAAACGAAAGAAAGUACGGAUAUAUCACUGUAACCUGUUGAAACCUUAUGUGGGGAGGAAAGAGAUAGUUAGCCUUGCUUGGAACACCCCAGAGGAAGUCCCCACGGAGAUUCCUACUUGGGAGGGGAAGAGGGGAGAGUAUGAUGUAGACACCGUCAUAGCCAAGGCAGUAAAGACCGACGUUCUUACUGAAGAUCAGCUGAGUGAUCUGCGCAAAGUGAUCAGUGAGUUUGAGGGGUUGUUUUCCGAUCGACCUGGCCGUACUAAUCUCGUGUGCCAGGAUAUUGAGCUCACCGAGAGUACUCCAGUGCGAUCGAAGGCGUACAGGGUCUCUCCAAGACGGAGAGACAUACUAGCUGAAGAGAUCGAACGCAUGCUCCGGCUCGGGGUUAUCGAGGCCGCCGAGAGCGACUACACCUCUCCACUCAUACUGGUGGAGGUGCCGGGCAAAGACCCCCGCCCUUGCAUAGACUAUCGUAGACUCAACACGAUCACCCGAGAUCAAACGUACCCUAUCCCUAACAUAGAGGAGAGGGUAGAACGAGUCAGUGCCGCUAGGUACAUUUCCACGCUGGAUUUGAUUCGUGGAUAUUGGCAAGUGCCCCUGACAGAGCGGGCAAGCAGGUAUGCAGCGUUGAUUUCCCCACUUGGAACGUUCAGCCCAUUGAUGCUCAGCUUCGGGCUCAAGAACGCCCCGUUUUGCUUUUUAAAGCUCAUGGACAGCGUUCUUCGUGGAACUAACACGUUCGCACUGCCAUAUCUGGACGAUAUCGCGAUCUUUUCAGCAACGUGGCAAGAACACGUUUCGCACCUGCGGGAAGUGUUUCGCAGGCUACGCGAAGCAGGCCUUACAGUAAAGGCAGAAAAAUGCCAACUGGGGCAAGCGGAGGUGACCUACCUGGGGCAUGUAAUCGGACAGGGCAGUCGACGACCAUCAGAGAUUAAAGUAGCAGCCGUUGGGAGCUUCCCUAGACCCGAAACAAAGACGCAGAUUCAUUCGUUUCUGGGCUUGACUGGCUAUUACCAGCGAUAUGUCGCGAACUAUUCUCAGGUAGCCAGUCCCCUCACUGAUGCUCUCAGGAAGAACGAGCCCAACAAAGUCGGGUGGGACGAGAAGAAGGAGCAGGCUUUCCAGAGCCUAAAGAAGGCGCUCACCGAGCGGCCGGUGCUAAGAGCACCUGAUUAUGAUCAGCCAUUCUUUGUGCAGUGCGAUGCAAGUGACCGGGGCAUGGGGGUUGUUCUGUGCCAAAAAGAAGGGGACGAAGAGCAUCCCAUUCUCCACGCGAGCCGCAAGCUGACAACACGGGAGGAAACGUAUAGCGCCUCCGAAAAGGAGUGUGCUUGUCUAGUCUGGGCCGCACAAAAGUUGUCUUGUUACCUGGCGGGAGCUCCAUUCACCUUUGAGACGGACCACUGUCCCCUGACCUGGCUGCAGCAAAUGUCGCCAAAAAACGGACGGCUGCUAAGGUGGAGCUUAGCACUUCAGGAGUUUAACUUCCGAGUAACAUACAAGCGGGGGAAGCUGAACUCGAAUGCAGACACUCUCAGUCGCAUGUAUUGA